AUGAGACAGCAGAAACAGCAGCCUUCAAGAAGCACAGAUGUGUUUUCGGCCUGCACCGCAUUUGAGUACGGCGGUGGUGGAGACGCAUGCAUUACCGCCCUCAAAUACCCGCUGAGGGGGCAAGAUGGUUAUUGCGCCAAGCCCUUCGAAAGUGCGGUGGUGCGACUCACGAGGGAGUCUUUGUCGAUCUACCGGCCGACGGACCGCGUCUUCUACGCCGAGCUGCGCUGGCGUGAGGUGCGGGAGAUACGUCGCCACACGUCCGGCAGCAGCGGAGAGCCAUUGCACGAGUUCGCCUUCAUGACGCCGCUGGGCAUCAUCGUGGUGGAGGUAGCCGACACCGUGACGGCGGAAGGCAUCGCCGCGUCACUGCGGCUCUUAAACGUGAAUAGCGCUACGCCUCGCCUGCACACAACAGCAACAGCGCCAACUGCUACACACGCCGUGGCGCUUGCCGCACCGAGCCAGCCACCGUCGGUGUCGUCAGCGCGGAGCUGCUCCCCUGCCCCAGCCGUGCUGGGCUGCGGGGAGCGGCGCCGUGACGAUGUGCUGCAGC